AUGCCACCAAUUGAGAUGAUUGGUCCCGUGGAUGACUUGUAUGAGCGUAUUUGUAACCGGUUGAGGUAUGGUAGAGAUGCCUUGAUGGCGAGGCAUGCAUAUCUUCGGAACGAACUUAAACCGAUGAUGGCUCAAAUGGUGUGUGUAGACGCUGGGAUCUAUGUAAAAAUAGUCGCGUGUACUAACAUCAAGCGAAACUUGGAAGAUCAGGCAACACUUGUACCGGUGAUGAAGGAAUUUGGUGACAUGCUUCACUUGAUUCACACAGAGCCCGACUGCGUGCAUGAUGUGUGUAUGGAGGUUGUAGUAACGACACUAACCACACCACUAUCAAUACCACCAGAUACACCGCCGCCUGUAACCAUAGCGUUGUCGGACGACGCUGUGACCGAACCAACAACCACAACAUCAUCACCAUCAUCAUCAUCAACAACAGCACCACCAAUACCAGAUACACCGCUACCUGUAACCGUAGCGUUGUCGGACGACGCUAUGACUGGAACAACUCUUAUACCACAGCCACCAAUACUAAAAACAUCUGUACUCUCGGGGUUGUCGAAUGUUACUGUGACCAGAAAAAGAAAGGAAAGGAUGGGUUAUGCAGGGGAAUACAGAAGAGAUAGUUAUUGUCGUGAAAGGGAAUAUCUGUCAAGCAACCCCAAGCGGACUGACUGUAGUGUCCUAGUUUCGUCGAUUGGUUUAUAUCGAACCUCGGGACAGUCGGUAGUUUAUAAACUCCAGAAGCUAAUCAACGAAAAACCUUGGCUAUUUUCGGGUUUGGACGUGAAACAUGAAGAGGGUGAGCUGAAGAAGGAGUUAACGGUGAUAAUUCACGAAUAUUACAACCGCCGCACUCGGAAGUACAACCUUGAGCACAAAAGCCCUCUUUGUAAAGCAUUGUUUGUAAAAUUCCUAAUUCGUGACUGCAAUGGUAGUCUCGUGGAAAUGAUGGCGUUUAAAACCCUGUUUGACGAGUGCUGGAUCUCGAACAAUGCGCUAACCAACAACAACAAUAUAGGAGUUUAG